UCAUCCUCUUGCUCUUUCACCACUCGACCUCGUCCACACCAGUCUAUUUUCUCUAGAGACCCAUCUGUUUGACUACCCUCAUCACACGAGAAUGGCACCACAGCGCGUGUUCCAGCUUAGUGGCACAUGCAAUAAUUACCCAUGGGGGAAGAAGGGCCAGCAAUCUCUGGCUGCCCAACUAUGUGCCAGGACGCCAGGGACAGACUUCAAGAUUGAAGAUGAUACCUUCUACUCUGAGAUGUGGUUUGGCGAUUACCCUGAUUUUCCGGCUAGAGUACUCGAAACUGGAGAGCUCCUUGCGGAUGUCUUGAAGAAGAAUCAAGAAACGCUGCUCGGGAAGAAGGUCGUCGACAACUUCGAUGCCCAGCUACCUUUCCUUCCAAAGAUCCUUUCGAUAGCAAAGGCGCUUCCCUUACAACUGCACCCGAACAAAGACCUCGCAACGAAGCUACACCAGAAAGACCCAGACCAGUUCUCCGACCCCAACCACAAGCCCGAGAUCGCCGUCGCUCUCUCCAAGUUCGAGGUGUUUGCCGGUUUCAAGCCUCUCGACAAGGUCCAACCGAUCUUCACCCUCUCGGCGCUCACGCCUUAUCUCCCCAGCACACCCACUGAGUACUGGACAAACGACACCUUGCGCGAGGUGACAAGAAACCUCCUCAAGGCCGACGACGCCACCGUCAAAACCAUCGAGAAAGACCUUCUCGCAACCCCGCACGAGAACCUGCAGAAGGUUGGCGCCGAGUAUUUCCCCGACCUCCUGGCCCGGCUGCAGGGCCAGUACGGCCCCGGCGAUGCAGGCAGCAUCGUUGCGCUAACGUGCAUGAACUUCAUGACACUCGAGCCCCUGGACGCCAUCUACAUUCCUGCCGACGGCAUCCAUGCGUACUUAUCCGGCAACAUUGUCGAAUGCAUGGCGCGGUCAAACAACGUGCUCAACGUGGGCUUCUGUCCCGCGGCGGACAGGAAUAACAUCGAUAUGUUUGCGGAUACGUUGACGUUCAAGGCGCACAGCAGAGAGGAUGUGAUCCUGCCAAGUCAGAAGAGCGAGAGGAGCAAGACAGGCAAGACGGUUGUCUAUAAGCCGCCGAUGAGUGAGUUCGAUAUGCUCUUGGCUGGACUGCGGGCGGGCGAGAGUGACGAGAUCAAGGCCGGGGAUGGGCCUGGAGUGGUGAUUGUUACGCAGGGUACAGGGAAGAUGACUGCAGACGGUGACGAUUUCGAGCUGAAGGAGGGUUAUAUUUACUAUGUGGCACCGGGCGUCGACGUCAAAUGGGAGACGGAGAGCGGGAUGCAGAUCUUCGAGGCAGUCAUAUAAGCAAUCGAGGUCACCACAUGGCGCUGAAGGAUUGAUGAAAGAGUAUGACUAUUGGAAAAAGACAUGAGUU